AAAGGAYAAACCCGACAACCUUUUGGUUACAAAACAUCACCUGUGAGCUAAAUCACAGGUGCAAACUGCAGGGAGCGAAACGUGGGGCCAAAUGGGAAUUGAGGAGUUCUGCAGUCCAGACGGUUCCGAUCCGUUUUGGGACUGGAACCGUACAUGGCAUAUUUCUAAUCCAGACUUCACACAGUGUUUCCAAAACACUGUACUUGUGUGGGUGCCAUGCUUCUACCUCUGGAUCUGUGCCCCCRUUUAUCUCCUCUACCUCCGGUGCAAUGAUCGGGGCUACAUAUGUAUGAGUCACCUUAACAAAGCAAAAACUGCUGUUGGCUUUCUGUUGUGGAUGGUCUGCUGGUCAGAUGUGUUUUAUACUUUCUGGGAAAGGAGUCGGAUCAGCAGCAUGUCAGCACCAGUCCACCUCAUCAGUCCCACCUUACUGGGCCUCACCAUGCUCUUCAGCACCCUGAUCAUCCAGUAUGAACGACUGAAAGGAGCCCAGUCAUCUGGAGUUAUGCUGAUCUUCUGGCUUCUGGCUCUGCUGUGUGCCACAGUCACCUUCAGGUCCAAGAUCCUCCAGGCACUGGACCAACCAGAGAUGGUGUGUGUGUGGAGAUCCACCACCUUCUACAUGUACUAUGUUCUGCUGCUGAUUGCUCUGAUCCUGUCCUCUCUCACCGAUCGACCGCCGCUCUUCUCUCAGGCUGUUAAAGACCCGAAUCCAUGUCCUGAGCCUGGAGUGUCUUUCCUCUCUAGAAUAACCUUCUGGUGGAUCACAAGAAUGAUGGUGACUGGAUACAGACGCCCUCUAGAGGAAAAAGAUUUGUGGUCUUUGAAUCCUGAUGACUGUUCACACAAAGUGGUGCCACAACUGACUCGUCGCUGGAACUCAGAGUGCCAAAAAGUCAAGAGGCCAGAGCAGAAAACCUUGUACUCCCCUAAGAGGACCGCCCAUGGAGAGAACAAAGAGGCCGAGGCCGUGGAAGAGGCUGAAAUCUUGAUUGUGAAGUCUCCCAAGAAAACCAAAGAUCCGUCCCUGCUCUGGGCCCUGUGCCUGACCUUCGGUCCCUACUUUCUCAUCUCCUGUCUUUACAAGAUCAUCCAGGACAUUCUCAUGUUUGUUGGGCCUGAAAUCCUCCGAUUACUUAUCCACUUUGUGACUGACUCCAGUGCCCCUUCCUGGCAGGGCUUCUUCUACACAGCUCUGCUUUUCAUUUGUAACUGCGUCCAGUCUCUGAUUCUGCAGAAGUAUUUUCACGUCUGCUUCGUCUCAGGCAUGCGUCUGCGCACCGCCAUCAUUGGAGCCGUCUACAGGAAGGCCUUGGUCAUCAGCAGUGCAGCACGCCGCACCUCAACAGUGGGAGAGAUCGUUAACCUGAUGUCAGUGGACGCUCAGCGCUUCAUGGACCUCAUUACUUACAUCAACAUGAUUUGGUCUGCUCCUCUGCAGGUGGUGCUGGCCCUCUACUUCCUGUGGCAGAACCUGGGUCCGUCUGUGCUGGCUGGAGUGGCUGUUAUGGUUUUGAUGGUUCCUAUUAAUGCUGUGAUUGCCAUGAAAACUAAAACCUACCAGGUGGCUCAGAUGAAGAGUAAAGAUAAUCGCAUUAAGCUGAUGAACGAGAUGCUGAACGGUAUCAAAGUGCUGAAGCUCUACGCCUGGGAGCUGGCCUUCCAGGGCAAGGUGUCCGAAAUCAGGGAGGGUGAGCUGCAAGUCCUGAAGAAGGCUGCAUAUCUGGGUGCGAUGUCCACCUUCACCUGGGUCUGUGCACCUUUCCUGGUUGCCCUGUCCACCUUCUCUGUGUACGUGCUGAUCGAUGAGCAGAAUGUGCUAGAUGCCCAGAAGGCCUUUGUGUCACUAGCUCUCUUCAACAUUCUGCGUUUUCCUCUAAACAUGCUGCCAAUGGUUAUCAGCAGUAUGGUGCAGGCCAGCGUGUCUUUGAAGAGGCUCAGGGUGUUUCUGUCUCACGAGGAGCUGCAAGAAGACAACGUGGAACACAAAACACUAGCUGGAUCCCCUCAGAGUAUCUCUAUAGUGGAUGGUGUCUUCAGCUGGUCCAGAGCUGAAUCCCCGACACUGAAGAGGCUGAAUGUGUGUAUCCCAGAAGGCUUUCUGGUGGCUGUGGUCGGUCACGUUGGUUCAGGAAAGUCCUCGCUGCUCUCUGCUCUUCUUGGAGAGAUGGAAAAACUGGAAGGAAGUGUGGCUGUCAAGGGUUCUGUGGCCUACGUUCCCCAGCAGGCCUGGAUCCAGAACUCUACACUGAAAGAGAACAUCAUAUUUGGUCAGGAGCAGAGGGAGGAUUGGUACCAUCAUGUGGUGGAGGCCUGCGCCCUCCAACCUGACCUGGAGGUCCUCCCUGCUGGUGAAGAGACUGAGAUUGGAGAGAAGGGGGUGAACCUGUCUGGAGGUCAGAAGCAGAGGGUGAGCCUGGCCCGGGCAGUUUACUGUGACCGAGCCGUCUACCUACUGGACGACCCGCUGUCCGCUGUGGACGCUCAUGUAGGAAAACACAUCUUCGACCAUGUCGUUGGCCCACAGGGACUGCUAAAAGAGAAGACCCGUGUGCUGGUGACCCACGGGUUGAGCUACCUGCCUCAGACCGACCUGAUCCUGGUCAUGGUGGAGGGACAGAUCACAGAGGUGGGCUCCUACCAGCAGCUCAUGGCCAAAGAGGGAGCUUUUGCUGAGUUCCUGCGGACGUACGCCACUGUUGACCAAAGUGAAGACAGUGAAUCUGUGCCAAAGAGUGGGACUAAAGCAGUGGAGAACGGAGCUGUUCCUGCUCUUGUUGGUGGUGCAGAAUCUGAAACAUCCCCUAAGGUCAAAGACAAGAAGGAUCUGAUGAAGAAGACCAAGAACGCUGAGGUGGGAAAGCUGACUGAAGCAGACAAGGCCAGCACUGGGCGGGUCAAGUUGUCUGUCUUCUGGGCCUAUCUGAAAGCUAUAGGAGUUGUUCUGUCCUGCAUCAGCCUGCUUCUGUUCCUCGUCCAUCACCUGGUCUCCCUGUUCUCCAACUUCUGGCUGAGCCAGUGGACUGACGAUCCUGUGGUUAACGGCACGCAGCCUACCAGAUUAAUGAGGCUGGGGGUGUACGGUGGUCUCGGAUUAACUCAAGGUGUGGCAGUCUUCGGUUACUCCCUCUCCAUGUCCAUCGGGGGCAUCCUGGCUUCCCGUUACCUCCACCAGUCCCUGCUGUGCGACGUCCUGCGCUCACCCAUGUCUUUCUUUGAGCGAACCCCGAGUGGAAACUUGGUUAAUCGCUUUGCCAAGGAGAUGGACACCAUCGAUUCUGUCAUCCCGAUGAUUAUUAAAAUGUUCUUGGGCUCCAUGUUCAACGUGUUGGGUUCUUGUGUUAUCAUCCUGAUCGCCACACCGCUGGUGGCCAUCAUCAUUCCCUUCCUCGGCCUGCUCUACUUUUUUGUACAGAGGUUUUACGUGGCGAGUUCUCGGCAGCUGAAGCGUCUGGAGUCAGUCAGUCGUUCACCCAUCUACACACACUUCAACGAAACACUGCUGGGCACCUCCGUCAUCCGGGCUUUUGGUGAACAGGACAGGUUUAUUAGUGAGAGUGACAAAAGAGUGGACCACAACCAGAAGGCGUACUACCCCAGCAUUGUGGCCAACAGGUGGUUGGCCAUCCGCCUGGAGUUUGUAGGGAACUGCAUCGUGUCGUUCGCGGCUUUGUUUGCAGUUAUAGCCAGAGAUAGUUUGAGUCCAGGCAUUAUGGGACUGUCCAUCUCCUACGCCCUGCAGCUGACCGCCUCACUGACCUGGCUGGUCAGGAUGUCUUCUGAUGUGGAGACCAACAUCGUGGCUGUGGAGAAAGUCAAAGAGUACAGCGACACAGAUAAAGAGGCAGAGUGGAAACACGACCCCCCCAGUGUUCCCCCUGGCUGGCCCACUGAGGGCCACAUAGACAUCAAAGGCUUCGGUUUGCGUUACCGCCAUGAUCUGGACCUGGCCAUUCGCAACAUCACCAUCAGCAUCAACGGAGGAGAGAAGGUUGGGAUUGUGGGGCGGACUGGUGCUGGGAAGUCCUCCCUGACUCUUGGACUUUUCCGUAUCAUUGAGGCAUCAGAGGGACAUAUCUUCAUUGAUGGACUGGACAUCUCUAAGCUUGGCCUUCAUGAGCUACGCUCCAGAAUCACCAUCAUACCUCAGGACCCGGUGCUGUUUUCAGGCUCUCUAAGAAUGAACUUGGAUCCUUUCAACUUCUACUCUGAUGAAGACAUAUGGAGAGCUCUGGAGUUCUCUCAUCUGAAGAACUUUGUGUCAGCUCUGCCUGACAAACUCAACCAUGAGUGCAGUGAAGGAGGAGAGAAUCUCAGUGUGGGUCAGCGGCAGCUGCUGUGUCUGGCCCGGGCUCUGCUGAGGAAGACAAAGGUCCUGGUGCUGGAUGAAGCCACCGCUGCUGUAGACAUGGAGACAGACAACCUGAUCCAGUCCACAAUACGCUCCCAGUUUGAAGACUGCACCGUCCUGACUAUAGCUCAUCGCCUCAACACCAUCAUGGACUACACCAGGGUUCUGGUGUUGGAGAAAGGACAGCUAGCAGAGUUCGACAGUCCCUCCAGCCUCAUCGCUCAGAAGGGAACGUUUUAUAAGAUGGCCAAGGACGCUGGUCUCGUCUGAAGCAGGACAUGUCCUCACUUUGUCCAGCAGCUGUUCCUGUUGAAGACAUUUUGUCUCUGCAGGGAGACAGACUCGUUUCAGUUGAAGCAAAGACUUCAGGAACAGAUUUAAGGAAGGUCUUUUUAUCUCAUCUGUCCAAAACAUCACUUCUUCUUCUUCAGUCUGUCCAGGGUUUACUGRUUCUGACCUGGACACCAUGGAUGAUAGGAAAUCCUGCAAAACCGCUGCUGAGUUUGAGACAAAGACUGUUUUAGAAGUUUGUAAAUUAUAUGUGCCAAAUGCUGCCUUUAGUUUCUUUGAAAGCGUUUUUAAUCAGAAGCUGUUUUAGGAAAAGCCUCAGCUCCUGUUGUUUGUUGCUUACAUACAUGGGUGUCAAUGUUCUGUUAAUUUUCUGCUACAGAUCGAGUUUGUCGAACAUUUUGUGUUGAUAUUUAAAUAGGAAAGCUCAUUUUUCAGCAGGAGAAAACUCUUUGUUACAUGACUUUAUGUUCAGGUCACCUUUAGUCGUUCAUCAAUCGAGCCAACACUGCAGGCUCCGCCCCCUGCUUCACACAUACUCACCAGCUCAGCUCUGUGACUACCUGUGUGGCUCAGUGUCAGCUCCAUCCUCAUUCUCGCACUGAACCCCAGUCCCAACCUGUACAAGGAGCCACUGAAACCAUUUGCAGCCAAAACCCACUUUAGCUGGGAUUUCUUGUGAAGCAUGUCCCCAUGUUUGUCUGGACGGACCCAGACCCUGUGGCUCAGACCUGAUGAACCUCGUGGUACAAGAGAAAUAUAGUUACAAUCUGUAAAAACUGCAAGACAAUCCUAAAAGGUAGUUCUUGAGGUAGAACCUAUAGGAUCAGAGAUCAGAGGAAGCCGUUUGGAGCACCUUAUUUUGAGAACCAGCUGUCCACUCCUGGUCUACAAGAAGAGGGUCCACUCUGGUGGUCUUUCUGAACAGGGAGGGUCCUGACUGCUUUGUUUACAACAAACCUCAUGUGGAAUCUGAGAUUUCGCUUCUGUCACUUUAUUCUCAUCUUUAUUUAUUUCAAGUUUGUGUCCGAUGACAGCAGCUUUACCUGUUGGACUCAACGAAGCAGAACCCUCUGCUCAGUCUGCUUCUUCAGCUAAAGCCUGGAUCUGACCGGACCAACACCAAAACACACAAAGUCAAAUGUCAAAUGUCAAAUGUUUCAAUAGAUGUUGACCCAAAACAAAGCUGUAACCAAAGUGAGACCGAGUCAAGACGCUUCUCAAUGAUUCUAAAAAUAGUUUGAGAGCAAAUAGUUUAAACUGGUUCAGCGUUACAGUGCGAGGAGAUAAAGAAUCCUUGGAAACAUUCGGACACUUCCUGUAGAAAACUCUUGACACAUCACUGCCAUCAGUUGCAGCUCAGAGAGGAAGUGGUUGAAGGUCCGCAGAGAAUCAGGGUCACACAAAAUCUAAAUCGUGAGGCUCACUGAUCUGCAAGUCUGCAGCUCCUCUUUUUAUCCGGAUGAGGAGUUCUUUAGUUUUCUAGGUUAUGUUUAAAUGAAUGAAAGGUUUGUUUGAACCAGGUCAUCUCACAGCAGACGCACUGUCAGAACUUCCUCUAACUUUUCACACACACAGUUAACGUAUUUUUCAGACUAUAAGCCGCGACUU